AGUAACAGAGGAUGGGAACUCAGCAGUGCCACCUGCAGUCAGCUCAGAGCUCACCAGAGAGCAGGGACAAGUGCCACCUUCAGCAGCAUGAGGCUGAGCUGGGCAAGGGCAGGCCACAUUCUGGACUGCACCACAGCUGCUGUUCCCUGCCCACAAGGAACUGCAGCAGGGAUUUACUGCAGGAGGGCUGGGCCAGACCCUGCCUGGAGCCCGGGCACAGCCCCAGCCCCACACUGGCUUAAACACAGGAGGGAAUCAGCAGCUAAAGUCACCUGAAGCUCCCCUCUGAUUUCCCAACACACAGUCAAGUGCUUUGUCACCCUCCCACAGACAAAGCCACUGCUCCCUUCACCCACCUGAGGCCUUUGCCUGCCCUUGAGCACCAGAAAGCUUUGCUCUGACAACAGCCCAUGGGGUAUAAAUAACCCAAUGGUUCUUCACUGCCCCUCUCCCUUUAAGCUAUUGCAGCACCAGUGGCUGCUCUGACCAUCCCAGCAGACAUGAGGAUGCUGCAGCCAGUUCUACUCCUGCAACUGAAGAGCAACAGACUUAAAGGUACUGAAGAAGUCUUAGUCACAUAUUGAUACAGAACUUUUUAAGACAGCAAAUAACACCUGUAAAGUUGCAAACAAUUUUUAUUAUGUUCUAAAGGGGAAAAUGUUGCUGGGGAGAUUUCUGCUGCUGGCAGCUGAAUGCUGGCAUUGGCCACUAUGGAAUCAUUGGUGAGCACAGAGUUCAGCAAGGUGUGUGAGGGGAGUGAGAGUCACUGCAGCAGCCUGGGCGACUGGGACAUCUGCCACAGGGCUCCUCUCAUGCCCGGCACGGGCUCCUCUCCUCCACAGUUCACAGUGUGCCUGCGGUGCAAGGGCCAGACCAUUUACCAGCAGGUCUUGUCCCUGGAGAGACCCAGCAGCCUGCAGAGCUGGAACUGGGGCUACUGCGGCCGCUACGGCUUUUACCACGCCCUGUACCCCCGUGCCUGGCUGGUCUACGAGCUGCCGGGGCAGCAGGUGGUGCUCACCUGCCGGCAGGUCUCGCCCGUCAUCCCCCACGACUAUAAGGACUCCAGCUUGCCGGUGGCAGUGUUCGUCUGGGAGGUGGAGAACGGCAGGGAUGAGGCCGUGGAGGUGUCCAUCAUGUUCAGCCUGCAGAACGGCGCGGGGGCGAAGGAGGCCGGCAGCGGCGGGCACUGGAACGAGCCCUUCGCCCUGCACAAGGACGGCCAGCGGGUUGCUGGGGUGCUGCUGCACCACUGCCCGGCCCUCAACCCCUUCACCCUGGCCAUCUCUGCCCGGCAGAAGGCUGGCACAGGAGUCACCCAUGUUACAGCAUUCGAUCCCACGGGAUUGGGGAGAGAGGUGUGGCAGGACCUCCUGCAGGAUGGCAGGCUGGAUUCACCCACUGUUAGUGGUGCCCUGGCACACUACGAGGAGUGGGAGAGGAAGAUGGAAGCGUGGCAGAAUCCCAUCCUGGAGAACAGCCAGCUGCCUUCCUGGUACAAGUCAGCCCUCUUCAAUGAGCUCUACUUCAUGACGGAUGGAGGGACCAUCUGGAUGGAGGUGCCCCCUGAUUGCUGUGCCCAGGACCUGCAGGGCCCGGCGGGGGCAGGGCUCUCCCACCUCCUCCCUGUCCUGCGGGAGUACGGAAGGUUUGCUUAUUUGGAAGGCCAGGAGUACAACACCUACGACGUCCAUUUCUAUGCCUCCUUUGCUCUCAUCAUGCUGUGGCCCAAGCUGCAGAUCAGCCUGCACUAUGACAUUGGUGAGUGUCCCCAGAGCCCUGCCUUGGUGCCUGCUCAGGGCUUCACCUCGGGGAGAGAUGGACACCUUGGGACAGCUGCUGCUGCUGCUGCUGCAGAGAUGUGUGCCAUGGAGCCCCUCCAGCCGCCCUGCUGAGCCCAGGACUGCAGCCCUGGAGUGUUGCUGCCCCAGCAGCUCUGUGCCCAGCACUGGGGGUGCCUUCUUGCCAUGCUGGGGGAGCACAGCUGGCUCUGCCUGCCCUGGGAGAGCCCCUGCUCUUCCCAGCUCUGUCCUUGCUCCUUGCAGAGGGGACAUGGAGCUGUUUGCAGACUCCCAGUGGGAGAUGGGCCACAGGCCAUGGCUCCAGGCUGAGCGGGGUCCUGCUGGCCUGCUCCAGCUGGGCCCCAAGGAGCCCCAGGUGGUGGCUGGGCUGACAAAGAGGAGCCCAAGCCAUGCAGGGUCACAGCAGGGCUCACACAAUGGCCGUCAGGGAUAGUGGCAAGAGAGGCCAGGAUUGAGGAAAGGGAAUGGGGGCUCUGGUCUAUGAAAGAGAGGAGACUCUGUGUGCUUGCAGAAAAGCUUUAUUGGGAGAAGCAGCUGCUGAAGCAGGAGGAAGGGCUACAGCCCGGCGCUGCCUCUUCUUCUGGGAGCUCCAAUGCUACCAACCCUCAAUCCUUGAGCUUUUACAGGCGCCAGAAUGUGUCGUAGCCAGCCCUGAGGGGACAGAGACAGAGGAAAUGUAAGGGUGGGACAUGGGAGUGGCCCAAUGCCCACCCAGCCCUGUGUCCUUCCAAAGCAUUUGCACCUUGUCAGGAUGCCCAGGGAAGCUGGGCACAAGCACCCUGUCCUCCCUCACCUGCACACUGGCAGCUGCUCUGCCAAGUGCUGAGCACCACAGGCUGGGAGCACCACCCUUCAUCCCCACCCUCGGGCCAUUCAGGAUUCCUCCUCAGGCCUUUGGCUUUGGAAAUGCCUCUCAGGUGGUGGAGCUUCCCUUGAGCUAGUCACAGACACUUUGCACACCAAGUCCCUCUGU